AGACGACAUCAAGUCGGCUCACUGAGGGGCCGGUUGACGACAUCAGGAAAAUAUAGGUCAAGUUUCUUUUAUCGUCGUUUAAAGAAUGUAUCUGGCCUUUAUACCAUUUUAAACCCUUCAACGCUCUUUGAAGCCGCAUUUCGUCGCGCAGGAAUGGCUGUGAUUACGCAAAAAUAUCCUGAACAUGACCGGGAAAUGUGGGGCUUUAACCGAAAAGCUGCGUCAUGGACACCAAAGUCCAGCUAAAGAAAGCUUUAGUAUUCUUAUUUUUAUUUUAUUUAAUCUUAUGUCAGAUUCCGAACAUUCCGACGUAAUGAAGACGUUGAUGGUGUUUGAUUUCGACCACACGGUGGUUGAUGACAACAGUGACACGUGGGUGAUCAGGUGUCUUCCAGGUCAGACGCUCCCUGACACGGUGAAGAAUUUGUACAGAAAAGGCCACUGGACUGAGUUCAUGGGCAGAGUGAUGGAUUAUAUAGGCGAGCAGGAAGUGAGUAUAGAGAGUGUUCGCGCUGAGAUGGAAUGCAUCCCCUUGACGGCAGGAAUGAGUGACCUGCUGACCUUCAUAUCACGCAACAAGAGCGACGUGGACUGUGUGGUCAUCUCUGACGCCAACGCGCUCUUCAUCGACUGGAUCCUUUGCGCCGCUGGGUUGCGUUCAGCCGUGGACCGCGUGUUUACCAACCCGGCCGCAGUCAACUCGUUUGGCCGCGUGGAAGUGCGUCGCCACCACGCGCACGACUGCCGCCGCUGUCCCAUUAAUAUGUGCAAGCGAAAAGUUCUGGAAGGAUACCUGGCCCAGCGAGACAAGUACAGCCACGUCCUCUAUGUGGGCGACGGCGCCAACGAUCUCUGCCCGGCCUUUUGUCUGAGGGGGCGCGAUGUAGUCUUGCCCAGGAAGGGAUACGCCCUGGAGAAGUUGCUGGAGGGCGAGAAGGACGCUGUGAAAGCCAAAGUUGUCAUCUGGAGCAGCGGAACCCAAGUCCUACAUGAGCUACAAGCCAGUCUGAGCUCCUCAAUGGAUGUAAUCCUGGACUAACCGAGGAUUGAUAUUUUUCCGUAUGCUUAAGUCAGAAGAGGCGCGCAGCUCCGCGCUUUUCUCACUCCCCCUCUCAGCCGUCCACUUAAUUCUAUCAUUUGCUUACUUUGGGUGGAGUAACCCUAAAGUGAAGGCGUUCCCUCUCAUAUCCAGCCUCGCGCAUAUUCUGCCAAAGACUUAAGUGGGUUUCCUCAUGCGCACUCCAGAGGCUGUAGUAAGUCUAGUGCCCCGGGAAGGUGAAACAUCAUAUUGCAUGUUUUGAUUCCGAGCCUCCGACGGCAUGCUGACGGACACCUGGCCUAUAUAGGCUCACCGACUGCCCAACGGCUGUAAUGUGACCCGACCACAUUACGCCGAUCGAUGGCGAAACGUCAAAAAUAAUGUAAUAUGAAUUAAUUUUCAUGCCCGAGCUGCGAGAGGCAUUUUCCUUUCAAACAUGCUGCAUGGUGGCUUGGAAGUAUGUCUGAAAGUGCCGCUCACAACUGCAGUCAUCUUAAUGGCGUUGUAGCGAUUAUGUAUGAAAUAAGAAUUUUAAUUAAUUUAGGAUAAAGUAAUAAGUCGGGAGCGACGUUUGCGUUACUUCCGGUUUAUCGUAAUUUUGAUUUAAUUGUUAAAAAUCAAACUAAUGCCUCAAAGCGGACUACGUCAAAUUUUUCAAGUUUUAAUUUUAGGCAAAAUUACGUCAAAACUUUUUAAUCAGUCUCAUGAUCUGUAGGUUGCUACACUCUACGACAUUUGGAGUCCUAGAUUAGAGAGGUCUACUUAAAUUCAGAACACACACAAAAUACGACCACGAGUGGAAUUUUAUUGUAGAUUUAAUGAAACACACAACUACAAACUACAACAAGAAAGUAACACUAAGGGUAAGCGAAAAAGAAAAUAAGGCGUACGAAAAUGGAAAUUAGGACAUCGUGUGUGGUCGCUGGGUUAAACUAAAUGAGCGUUUAAUGCGUUGAGUCAGAGCGAGAGAAGGCAAAGUUGGGAUUUUGUAUGAAUUUCCCCACAAUUAUUACGCACUGAUGUUGUACAUCACAGUAAGGAUUGCAGUGUCGACACACGAACGCAGAUCAGCUGGUCUUUGUACUCUCACGCAUAGAUUCAUUGUUUCAACUUUGGUCGUAGCAGAUGGGUUGCUUAUGGUUCAAUACAACAUUUUGUACUGUUUGAGUUCAAAUCAUGAACAGCUUUCAAAAUCACGCAGAGGACCUGUCAAAGUGAGAAUAAGGACACAGACAUAUUUCUGCAGUUUGCAAGGUAUAAAAACGGACAUUUUAUCUUCUGUUAACAAACAUCAAAGGCACGUCCACAAGUUCUGCUUGCAGUUCCUCUCAACGCCAGUGGGUGGCGCCUCGCGCAUGGGUGAAUAUUGACCUCGUGGUCUGCUUGAAGGGAGUUUUCCCUCCAAUCUUUUGGUCAGGGAAGGAGUCUUUUGAAGACAGGAAUCAAGAUUUGGCGGGAAGCUGCUUAUUAGGUUAAGGUCCACUUGACGUACACCAGGUAUUGUCCUCGUCGUAUCACAGCAGGGCAUCGUGGAGGAGUGGGAGUUCUCAGGUGGUCGCGAGUCUCUUGACGCCUCAAAGUUGCGGCGUGCAUGUCCGCUACAGAGUAAUGGUGUGCUAGUUCUGGAAUAAUUGUGUUCAUAUUUUCUCUCAAUCAUGAAAUCCGUUGAAAUGACACGGCAGUGUGUGUGCCGCCGGUAUGGUUGCUGGGCAACGCUGGUCAAGAGCUGGCCUUCCAAACGCGGAUUAAAUUACAUAUACAGACCCCUUUCCAAAAAAUUUUAAUAUCAUGGAAAAGUUUAUUUCCAUAAUUCCAUUCAAAAAGUUACACUUUAUAGAUUUAUAGACACAUUAUAGAUUCUGGGUCCGCAAUUUAAACAAUUUCAAGUAUUUGUUUAUCUUUACAUAGUUUGGGCUUCCAACUCAUAAUACCCACGAAAUCAGGAAUUCAAAAAAUGUGAACACAGUGACUAAAUCAUCCCAAAUUUUGCAGGCCAUCAAUGUUGUAAACUGAGUAUCGCACACUAAUCUACUAAACUCAAAGCACCUGCACAGGUUUCCCCCAGGUGUCAUUAAAUUGCUUCAGUUUGGUUCAAUUGUCUCAGUUGGGUUCAAUAUGGGGAAGAACGCAGACUUGACAACUGGCCAGAAGAUUUCUUAGGAUGGGUAAGCCACAAACAUUGAUAGCUAAGGAGGCUGGCUGUUCACAGAGUGCCGUGUCCAAGCUUAUCAAUGGAAAGUCUCGUGGAAGGACAAAAUGUGGCAGGAGAAGAAGCACCAGCAAACAAAAUGACCGUGGGCCCUCAGCGGAUUAUCAAAGAGAGAAGAUUCAAGAAUCUAGCAGCACAGCUUAAAAAAACACCACAUUCAGACGCAUCCAGGAAAUGGGCUACAACUGGCGGGUUCCCCGGGUCAAGCCACUUCGGAGCCAACAUAGGAAGCGUCUCAACUCGGCCUUGGAGAAGAAGGACUGGACUGUUGGCCAGUGGUCCGAGGUCCUCCUAUCAUGGGUGUGUGUUCCGGGUUCUGUACCGAUCUAUGCCCGUCUAUUAAACCUCUCUUUUUGGAAACUGUCCAUUUGUUUUGGAGUCCUGCAUUUUUGGGUCCUAUCCUCUGUUCCGUUCAUGACACCUCUAUUCCGAUGAAAGUAAAGUGUGCCUGUCAUUCGAUAAUCAAGGUCCAAGGGUUUGGAGGAAGAUGGGUGAAGAACGGAAACCAAGCUGCUUGAGUUCCAGUGUGAAAUAUCCACAGUCAGUCAUGAUUUGGGGUGCAAUGUCCAGUGCAGGUGUUGGUAAACUCUUCUUUCUUCAAUCCAAGGUCACCACAGCAGUCUACCAGAAUGUUUAAGAGGACUUCAUGAUGUCUUCUGCUGGGGCUCUCUAUGGAGAUGCAGAUUUCAUCUUCCAGCAGGACCUGGCCCCUGCCUAUACAGCCAGAAGCACCAAAACCUAGUUUGAUGCCCAUGCCAUCACGGUGCUUGACGGAUCUAAACCCCAUUGAGAAUCGAUGGGGUAUUAAGAAGAAAAUGAGGGGCACCAGACCCCCCCAAAAAAAAACUGACAGCAGGCAUUAAGGAAAUCUGGGCUUCCAUAACUCCCAGGCAUUGCCACAGGCUGAUUGUCUCAAUUCCCAACCAAGCAUAUUGAAGAUUAACAAAUUGUUUUGAAAGUACCAUAUUUUGAUUGACUUAAUGUGAGCCCUAAUUCUUUUUCUUUUUUUUUUUUUUGGGUACAAAAACAGAAGUAAAUGGUAAUUUCUUCACAGUAUUCUAAUUAUCUGAAUUCCUCAUUUUGUGGGUUUUAUGAGCUGAAAGACCACAUUAUGUAAAAAUAAACAAACAAAUACUUUAAAUUGUUUAAAUUGUGGGCCCUGAAUCUAUGAAAUCUUAAUUUUUUGAAUCGAAUUAUGAAAAUAAAUAAACUUAUCCAUGAUAUAAUUUUUUUUUUAGAAAGGCUCUGUAUAGGUCACUGAUGGUGUAGUGCUACACUCGCCUGACUUUGUUGCGGGCAGCGUGGUUUCAGUUCCCACUCAGUGACGGUGUGAAUGUGAGUGGAAAUGGUUGCCCUUGUCUAUAUGUACGCUGCGACUGACUAUACCAGUUCAGGGUGUAGUCUGCCUUUCGCCCGAAGUCAGGCUCCAGCGCUCCUGUGACCCUGAACAGGAUAACUGGUGUUGAGAAUGGAUGGAUGGAGGGUCUGUAUAGUCUAGUAUUUAUUAAAUAUAUAGAGAGAAUAGAAAAACACAUGCUCCUUUCAAGUAGCCUGUUCGACAAGCGGUGCCCACAUCUCACUGGAAGGAAGCCAACUCCCGUAUAUCCGCAUGGGGUUAAUCUUAAGAAGUCUGACAUUUCCCAAAUGCAUUUCAAUAGCAUUCACGUCUCAGGAAAGAAAAUCCUCAAAUCACAAAAUACAAAAAUGUUUGGGUUGCCGUGCUAUGGCGUAAGAUUUGUCCCACAAUUACAUACUCGUAACUAGAAAUACUGACCACAAAAGUGUGUUUUGUGAUCACAAAAACAUUUUUUUGUGAGAACUCAAAUUCAUAUUUUGUGUAAAAGUUAUAUUUUUCCACACUGUGUCAUGCAUUGCCCUACGUGCACAGUACACUGCCGAUUCCUCACAGUGUCACAAAUGUUCCACAAUUGUCAACCAAUCAGGAGUUUACUCAUAAAUCAAAUAUUUUUUUCUUAUUGAAAAUAAUUGCGCCCCCACCCCACCCCUCCUCACACAAACACACACACUUGAGUGGUGUAUGUCACGAUCCCAACACAAAGCAAAAAAUAAAAAAUAUCAACCAUGCUCAGAACUUUAAAAACUCAUGUCGGGGCCCUAAGUCAAUGUAACACUGUAUACUCAUUAUUAUGGUACUUUGAUAAUUGAAAACUGCUGCCUAAACAGGCUGCACCAAGUAAAAACAGUCAGGCCUGAACUAAUUGCAUCCUCUGGUGGUUGCUGCCAAGGACUGAAAACAGACUGAUGUUUUGAGAGCCAGAGUCGUAGCCUGGAGCAGCGGAAGCCAAGUCCUUGCCAACUGUCCACAAGCCAACUUGAACAAAAUAAAUCAAAUCCAUUGUUUCCA